AAAAAAAUCAUCUAAACCACGUAAACAAUCAAAUUCUGUUUUUGGAUGAUGAUGAUAAUAAACAAAACCAAAUUCUGUUGAUAAAUAAUUUUAUCAAAUUUCAAAGCACUAACAACAACAAUGGUCGAUAUAAAUAUUCCAUCUGAUAAUCAUUUCGGUAUGCUAUUGCCAUCUUAUUCGAAUACUGAACAAACAACAAUGAUUGGCAAUGAUUAUCUAGAUUCGAUUGAUGAAAACGAUUUGAUUACAUUCAUUAAUUCGGGUAAUUUCGAUCAUUCAUCAUCAUCACCACCAUCAUCAUCAGAUCAAUAUUUUAUUGAUACCCCACCCGAAACACCAGUCAAUCAUCAAAUGACCACAACUAAUAAUAUUGUUGAUUUCUACAAUAAUAAUAAUAAUGUUGUAAAUAAUUUGAUGGAUUGGAAUGGAAAUUAUCAUGAAAUCAAUUCAUCAUCAUCAUCAUCAAACAAUCAUCAUAGUGAUAGUGAUAAUUCGAAUGGUUCAUUCACUGUCAAUACUUGUCAUCCUAUGAUUUAUACAACCGAUAAUAAGACUGAUACAUUAUCGAAGAUCACUGGAAAAAAUGGCCACAAUUCUUUGCUGGAAAAUAAUGGCCGAAGAAUAUCAUCUAAUGCUCAUCAUCAUCAGAAUAUUCAACCAAAAGCCACAACUAACAAAAUAUCUAAUCACAAAUUAAAAGAACAACGAGAAAAUCUUCAAAAACAAAAACUUGAAGCACGUAAAUUACGCAAUCGAGAAACGGCAUUGAAUUCUCGAUUAAAAAAGAAAGAAUAUUUGGAAAAUCUGGAAACACAAGUAAAACGAUUGGGUAAAGAAAAUACUGAUCUAAUGUUGGAGAAUGCAUUGUUGAAACAAAAAAUUCUGGAUCUCGAACAAGAAAUCGGUCGAUUCCGAUUGCUAGAUAUGAAUGGCAAUUUUACCGAUUCUUCUGUUGUAGCGAACAACCAGAAAAAAGUUAAAAUAAGUUUCUUUGCUGUGGUAUUUAUGUUUCUGUAUCAGAUUUCACCAUAUCUGAUAUCAAUGUCGGCUGAGCAAAAUGGAAACCACAACAUUUCUCCUAACAUAAUUGUCUUUCCCAAUCAAAAUUUUACGGCCAAUUCAUUCAACAAUGAUGGAAAUGAUCAUCAUAUUUUGCGAAAAUUGCUUUGGAAAGGCGAAGAACAGGAUUAUUUUCGAAAAUUUUCCACAAACAAUUUUCAAUCACAAAAUUCACAACAAUAUUAUUCGAAUCAAACAAAAAUUGGCUGUGAAAAUUAUUAUAAUCGUACUGAUCUUAUACGUUUGGAAAAUGAACUUCGUGGAUGGUUAACCAGAUUUAAAUUGGAAGAAAAUGAAUCUCGACGGCGACAGCAACAACAUUCAACAUCCUCGAAAUCGAAGAAAAAAUUAUUAUAUAAUCUUAAACAUGUUCCAAUACCAAGAUUAAAACUUUGGAUGAUACAAAAACAACGUUAUAUGGAUUAUCUGAAUGAAGAAUCACCAUCAGAGCAUUCAUCAUCGUCAUUUGAUGAUGAUAGUCAUUUUGUGCCAUACGAUCUGGAAAAUCUAAUGUCUACUAUACAUAGACGUGAUGAUACAUUUUAUUAUCUAUCCUAUCCAUCUAAAGGUCAUCUAAUCCUGCCACCAAUGUCAAAUCGAACCGAUAUUCGGCCACGUUUUUCGUUCCUAAUACCAACUGUUUAUAAUUUUAAUCAACAAUCAAACAAUUCCAACAACACCAAUCAUCAUAAUCAUAAUGAAACUGGAUUAACAUUACCAUCCGAUCAUCUAUAUAUGUUACAAAUCGAUUGUCAAGUUAUUAAUACUAAAGUUACAUUGAUCAAUAUCAAUGAUCAACAUCAAUAUGGUAAACGUAAACUUCGAUCAUCAUCCAAAUCUAGCAUUAGCGGCAAUGGCAAAUAAUAACAAUUUUGAAAUUAAAAUUAGAAAAAAAGCUU